AUGUGCUUUUUCCUCUCCGCUUGUCUGAAUGUGUUGCAGGGCUCCCAGUACGAGCUGAAAGAUAAUCCGGGUGUCCACCCUGCUACUUUUGCUGCCCACACUGCCCCCGGCUAUUAUCCCUAUGGACAGUUCCAAUACGGGGACCCGGGACGGCCCAAAAAUGCCACUCGGGAGAGCACCAGCACCCUCAAGGCCUGGCUCAACGAGCACCGCAAGAACCCUUACCCCACCAAGGGCGAGAAGAUCAUGCUGGCCAUCAUCACCAAGAUGACCCUCACCCAGGUCUCCACCUGGUUUGCCAACGCCCGCCGGAGGCUCAAGAAGGAGAACAAGGUGACCUGGGGCUCCAGGAGUAAGGACCAAGAAGAUGCAAACCUCUUCGGGAGUGACAAUGAGGGGGACCCCGAGAAGAACGAAGAUGAUGAGGAAAUUGACCUGGAGAGCAUAGAUAUAGAUAAAAUCGAUGAGAACGAUGGGGAGCAGAGCAAUGAGGAAGAGGAGGAGAAGCCUGAGCUCCUGAGACAAAGCAGUGAAGAGGAGCACUUGGAAAAGGAAAAGGAUUUGGCACUGUCAGGGUCUGAAGGGCUGAAACCCAAAGAUGCACUGGCCAUGGUGAAGGAAGCCUCUGACAACAGCACCAGAAUUAUCAGUCCCGGGGGACCGAACAAUUUACAGAUGCCAUCUCACAGCAAACCCAAGAUUUGGUCUUUGGCAGAGACAGCAACCAGUCCUGAUGGUGCCCUGAAAUCUUCUCCUCCUCCACCCCCUCCUCCCCAGGUUAACCACACUUCUCCUCAGAUCCAGCACCCUGCUUUUCUCCCUAGCCAUGGACUCUACACAUGUCAGAUUGGCAAAUUUCACAACUGGACAAAUGGGGCGUUCCUCACUCAGAGUUCCCUGCUAAACGUGAGGUCUUUUUUGGGAGUAAAUCACCACCAUGCUGCUCAUCACAAUCACCACCUCCAGGCCCAGCAACCAUCUUCUGUUUUAACAGCAACCCUGGGAGCUCUAAGCAGUGAAAAACCUUCAGAGAGGACCAGUCCCAAACACAUAGAAAGAGAAAAUGUACCAAGAACUGACUCCCCACCCCAGCCGCUAAAAUCGCCCUUCCAGCCCGUCCGUGACAACUCUUUGGCUCAGCAAGAGGGAACACCGAGAAUUUUAACAGCUCUCCCUUCUGCUUGAUUAAAUGAUUUGGUGAAAAAAUAUUACAGAGACUGGUAUUAAGGACAGAGAAAAAAAAAGGAAACGGUAUAAACGACUCCCAUCAAUCUCUUUUUGCAAUAAGGUGGUGCAAAUCCAUAAAAGUGAUUACACAAAUCUGUAGAUGGAUCCCCUUCCUCAUUGUACCAUUUCAGAUCGUGUUAUUCUAACCAUUCUUGGAUUAUUGGUUUCGUAAAUGUUUCCCAUGUGUUUGUGGGGGUUUUUUGUUUGUUUUUGGUUUUGUUUUUGGUUUUUUUUUUCUGUAUAUAGAGUGAUUUCAGAUUGUAAAUAACACGUCAGCAAAACUUGUCUAAAUCAUAUAUUUUUGUCUAAUAAACUAAAUGAAAUUAUGAACUUUCUUCAGGUAUGUAUUCUGUUGCUGCAGAUCUUAUAC